AUGAAAUGGCAUAGACGAGUGCUGUUUCUACUGCUCGUUAUUGCAACAUUUGCUGGGAUUAUGGAACUUUUAAGAACAUGUUUCUCUUUGCCACAAAAGUCAGGUCAUGAAAGGACUGCUACCAGGCUUUAUUCGAAACGAAAUAACACGAAAAAGUGCCCGUCUACGUUUGGCAGAGUUGCUGUUUUCGCAGCAUACAGUGGAAAUCGCGUUGAGAGAUUGUAUGAAAUCGCUCAGCAAUCAUUGCAAUGCUAUCUAAAGGGGAUGGACUACUCUCUGUUUUUUGUAGAUCUUGACAAUGACGAACUAGUGCAAAGGGCAUGCGGGAUGCAUGGAAUAGCUUACUUCAAAAAGCAUUGCGCAGCAAGAUUAUACCUUCCACAAACCGAUUGGCUGCUUGUUCUCGAUGCUGAUACAGGAGUAGUCAAUCCCAAUCAUUGCAUUGAAGAAUGGAUAGAUGAUCGAGUAGAUGUAAUUCUUUACGAACGUUUUUGGAAUUGGGAAAUAAUGGCCGGAAACUACCUGGUAAGGAAUUCCGAAUUUGGGGACAAGUUCCUUGACGAUUGGGCCAACUUUGAUUCGCUAUUACCUGCGUCAUAUAAUGGGUAUGACCAAGGAGCGCUAAUGAUGCUUCUCCUCAAAACUUUGAUUCCCGAAAGCGAAAUUGAAUAUAACGCAUGCGAGGAGUACUUAAUAAACGCAACAAGCUUUAACACCUACAUGGCUGUGGUUUACUGUGUAAGGCAGGCCCUUGGUGCGACAAGGAUGUGGCCCGGAAAAAUACGUAUCUUUCGCAGAUUUGAAGCAUUUGCACGUGAUGGCUUCGUUACCGAGCAAAGAUGGAGCGAUAAAGAUUUUAUGAUACAUGGAUGGAAGAACGUGGAUUUGAAUGGAACUGCUUUUGAAGAAAAUCUUGAACUGAGCCUUUGUGAUCAAGGGCUGCGUGCCUGGGAAGUGGCAUGGAGAAAAGACCUGAAAAUGGAAGUCCACGAACUGCGGUAUGAAAUAUGA